AUGACCGCAAUUCUGCAAGAUGUGGCGGAUAAUUCCUUCGACUACAUCAUUUGCGGGGGUGGAACGGCAGGACUCACGCUGGCGGUGAGCUUGAGCGAAGAUCCCAGGGUAUCCGUAGUUAUCCUGGAAGCUGGACAAGCCCACGUUAAUGAACCUGACAUCCUACGUCCUGCAUCAUAUGGGAGCCAUUUCAGCAAUGAUGCCUUUUGUUGGGCCCAUCAAACUACGAAGCAAGCCGACGGUUUGCGGUAUUUCUGGUACAGAGGCAAGGGUCUAGGUGGAAGCUCCGGCGUCAACUUCUUGUGCUGGACAAUCCCGCCAGCAGAAGAUAUCAACAACUUCGAGAGGUUGGGAAACCCAGGGUGGAACUGGAAGGACUUUGAGAAGUACUUGAAACGUGUGCGAGGAUUUGUUUUACCAAAGAAAGAGGUGCAGACAAGGUACAGAUUAAACUGUGAUAAUUUGACCGCCAAUAGAAAGGGUCCCUUUACUGUAUCGUACCCUCCGACUAUUGAUGCCGCAGAAUUGAAAAUCCAACAGACACUCAUUAACGCUGGUAUACCCAUUGCGCCAAACCCGUUGAACGGUGAUCCCACAGGCGUUUUCUUCUCCCCUAUAAGCUACGAUCCAACUACCCAUGGCCGUUCCUACGCUACAAGUGCAUACUAUUUGCCUAACAAAGAUCGCCCAAAUCUCACUGUUCUAGUCUCUGCUGAUGUAACUAAGAUCCUACACGAGAAAGUCGGGGAUAUCAACUUGACCGCAACCGGUGUGGAAUUUCAGCAUUCAGGUUUGAGGCAUAUCGUUUAUGCCAGGAAAGAAGUCAUCGUCGCCGCCGGUACCCUGAAGUCUCCACAGAUUUUGGAACUUUCUGGCAUCGGCAACAAAGAAGUUCUUCAGAAAUUAAUGUCCCGUGUCAGCUUCGAGCUUCGCGGUGACGUUCCAUUUAAUACCUUGUGUGCACUGCGCGAUCCGGCAGUUGCAGCGCAGCACCUUGAACUACAUGCCUCGGGCUCGGGACUCUACACGAUAGGCAUCAUUGGAUUCGCCUUUGUUACCCCUCAGAUGAUUUCUUGCAAGGUACAUACAAUUAAGCAAGCAGCCAAGAUCAAUAUUAUGAAGAACGCGGAUACAUACCCUCCGGGACUAAUGGAGCAGUACAAAAUUCAACUUGAACAGCUAGAGAAGGGAAUUGUGCCAAGCUGCGAGCUCAUCAGUUACCCCGGGAUGUUAUCGGGCUCUAACCUCCCUGCGGAGGGCAAACGCUAUGUGUCUAUCCUUGCAGCCAUGAACCAUUGCUUCUCUAGGGGUACUAUCCACUCCAUCUCCAAUGACCCUAUGAAAGAUCCUCAAUUUGACCCUCACUACUUCGAACACGAGACGGACUUGGAGAUAUGGCUUGAGGCAGUCAAGUAUACCCGAAGCCUGGCACAAGUUGCCCCGCUGAAGGAUAUGAUAACUAGCGAGUUAAACCCGGUCCUGAGACUGGAUAAAGAAGUAUUCCAGUACGACUUGGCAUACAGCCAGCUCUUGCUCUAUGUUACCAAGGACCAACGAUGGUGUCGUGGAUCCGCAGCUGAAGGUGUUCUAUACGUUCUUGUCACUAUCGUGUCUUUAAUAUGCAAAUGGCAACGGGUGUACGGAACAAGCAACAUUCGCGUCGUCGACCUUUCGGUGGUACCACUGCACAUUGCAGCACAUACUCAAGCCAUUGUCUAUACCAUUGCUGAACAGGCUGCCGAUAUCGUCAAGGGCAAGUUCGGUCUUGAGGAUCCCACUGAGUCUUAG